CGACGCGUUUCUUUCUCUUUCUCUCGUUCUUUUCCUCUCUGUACCCCAUCACUUCGACGCGUCUGAAUGCACCAUGGUCUCUGCAGAUGACGUUCAGAGAGUUUUUCUUCAGGCAGUGCUCUCCAGAGGUGUUCUAUCUGAGAAUCUGGCAAAAAUUCUUUGGGCGCGAAGCGUUGAAGUCGUUAAAGCUGCAGAUAAGGAUGUCAAUGUGCAGCAUACCGGAUCCGAUGCUUCUUGGGAUGAUUUUGUAGCAAAAGUGAACAAAGCACUCGACGCGUUAGAUCUCGGAUUUCGCCUCGUGCAAGACGAAUUGACUGGUAAGAAGAUGUAUGUCCUGGCCAACUUGAAGGACGAUGAGGUGGCUCAGUUGGCUACGGACUACACUGCCGGUGAAAUUGCAUUCUUCAAGGCGGUCGUCGAGCAAAUCAUGCUAGCACCGCGUGAAGCAUAUUCGGUCUCGUCUCUUGCUGCUCUCCGCGAAGUUAGUCAAGUGAAACCAAGCAUGUCCAAGUCCCAGGCAGAAGACGUUUUAGCCAGCUUAGUCGCCAACGGCUGGUUGCUCAAGAGCAGGCGGGGGAGAUAUUCUCUUUCCGUGCGCACACAGCUGGAGCUCCAGCCAUAUCUGAAACACACGUAUCCCGAUGAUAUUUUAGAAUGCACUAUCUGUCAGGAGAUGGUCACCAAAGGCAUUGCAUGCCACACGCCGAAUUGCAAAGUUCGAGUGCAUACAUGCUGUUUCACGCAAACACGGAAACAUCGCAGCUCAUGUCCUGCCUGCAGUGUUGAUUGGCCGCGAAAUGCCGGCAAACCACUCUUGCCUGUCGGUGAAGACGCAGCUAGAGAUGGUGAUGACCAGCGGAGAAGGGUGAGGCAUGCCACGGCACAAAGUGACGACAGUGAUGAAGACGAAGACAUGGAUGCUUCGCAGGAGCAAUCUCAGCCAAAACGCAGUCAGAGAACAAGGAAACGAAAGGAUGUCAGAGUGGAAGUGGAUCAAGACGAGGGCCUAAAAGAUGAAGGUGAUGAUGACGACGAUGGUGAUGAUAGUCCCAAGAAGAACCAACUGUCGAGACGAGGCUCAAAGAAAUAGUUAACAUUCAUGUGUUGAUAAAUGUGUAUUGUAUGCUAAGGUGUAUUUAAGUAUUGGCGUUUCUAAUGAUCAAAUAAUUCGAUACAAUAC